AUGGCUUGGAAACUCUUUAGCUUAUCUCCCCGUACCACAAAAAAACGAAAGGUUACAACUUCUGAAAUACCCACAUGCUUGGUCCUCGAGUUUGUUAAAUAUAUUUGUUCUUCGUCAGCUCUUCAUCCUGAACAUUCUGUUAACCUUAACCAUGAUCAUAGUGUCAAUUCAGACUCUUUUUAUGCGUCUCUUAUUGAUGAUUCUACCCACAAGAGACACCUUGAUCAGAUACAUAACCAGUUAGUCGUCUCUGGGCUGCGACAUAAUGGAUUUCUCAUGACAAAACUGGUUAAUAGGAGCUCGAAUCUUGCACAAAUUUGUUAUGCUCGAAAGCUGUUUGAUGAAUUUUGCUUCCCUGACGUGUUUAUGUGGAAUGCUAUCAUUAGGUGUUAUUCGAGGAACAAUAUGUUCAGGGACACCAUUCAAAUGUAUAGGUGGAUGAGAUGGACAGGAAUCCAUCCGGAUGGAUUCACUUUUCCUUAUGUACUUAAAGCUUGUGCUGAGUUGUUAGAUUUUGAUUUGAGCUGCCUAAUUCAUGGACAGAUAAUCAGAUAUGGGUUUGGGUCGGAUGUGUUUGUGCAGAAUGGCCUUGUGGCAGUGUAUGCUAAAUGUGGUCGUACUGGUGUUGCAAAAGUGGUGUUUGAUGGGUUAUACCAUAGAACAAUUGUAUCAUGGACUUCCAUCAUUUCUGGAUAUGCACAGAAUGCAGAAUCUAUGGAAGCAUUGCGAAUGUUCAGUCAAAUGAGAAACGCUGAUGUGAAACCAGAUUGGAUUGCUCUGGUAAGCAUUCUGAGGGCUUAUACUGAUGUAGAUGAUUUGGAGCAAGGGAGAUCUCUUCAUGGUUGUGUCAUCAAGAUGGGUCUUGAAGAUGAACCUGAUUUGCUUAUCUCACUUACAGCUUUAUAUGCUAAAUGUGGGAUGGUGACAGUUGCAAGAUCUUUCUUAGAUCAAAUGAAGACAUCAAAUGUGAUUAUGUGGAACGCAAUGAUAUCUGGCUAUGCAAAGAAUGGCCAUGCUGAGGAAGCGGUACAUUUGUUUUGUGACAUGAUCUCAAGAAAUAUUAAACCGGAUUCUGUCACUGUGAGGUCUGUAGUCUUAGCUACCGCACAGGUUGGUUCCCUCAAAUUAGCACAAUGGAUGGAUGAGUACGUGAGAAACAGUAACUUUGGAAGUUGCAUUUUUGUUAACACCGCCCUCAUUGAUAUGUUUGCAAAAUGUGGAAGUCUAGUAUCUGCUCGCAUGGUAUUUGAUCGUAAUUCUCAUAAGGAUGUUGUUAUGUGGAGUGCCAUGAUUAUGGGAUAUGGAUUGCAUGGUCAAGGACGGGAAGCCAUUAAUCUUUACUGUGCAAUGAAGCAUGCAAGUGUAUUCCCAAAUGAUGUUACCUUUAUUGGGCUUCUCACUGCAUGCAAUCAUUCUGGCCUCGUAAAAGAGGGGUGGGAGCUAUUCCAUUGCAUGAAAGACUUCGAAAUUGAGCCUCGGAAUGAACAUUAUUCUUGUGUUGUUGAUCUCUUGGGACGAGCAGGGUAUCUGGGUCAGGCUUGUGCAUUUAUAAUGAAAAUGCCCAUUGAACCUGGUGUAAGUGUAUGGGGAGCACUUCUGAGUGCAUGCAAGAUCUAUCGUUGUGUAGGAUUGGGAGAAUAUGCUGCCAACAAGUUAUUCUCAUUGGAUCCAUAUAAUACAGGGCAUUAUGUCCAACUCUCUAAUCUCUAUGCUAACUCCCGCUUGUGGGAUCUUGUAGCACACGUUCGAGUUCUAAUGAGGGAGAAAGGACUAAAUAAGGACCUUGGUUAUAGUGUAAUUGAAAUAAAUGGGAAAUUGCAGGCAUUUCAUGCAGGUGACAAGUCACACCCAAUGGCUAAUGAAAUAUUCAAUGAGCUUCAGAUAUUAGAACGAAAGUUGAAGGAGAUUGGAUUUGUCCCACAUACAGAAUCUGUUUUGCAUGAUCUGAAUUAUGAAGAGAAGGAGGAGAAUCUUAGUUUUCAUAGUGAGAGGAUAGCUGUUGCUUAUGGGCUUAUUAGUACUGCUCCUGGAACUACACUUAGAAUAACAAAGAAUCUUCGAGCAUGUGUGAACUGUCACUCUGCAAUAAAGCUUAUAUCAAAGCUUCUUGAAAGGGAAAUAAUUGUAAGGGAUGCAAAUCGGUUUCAUCACUUUAAGGAUGGUUUGUGUUCGUGCGGCGACUAUUGGUAA